GUGCUUGUAGUUCACUGUCAGUAACUUGCCCAUUUAUUUUUUCUCUCAUUCUCAGUUUUCUUAGUCAUUUUCCAUUCCCUUGAUUUUGCAAAACAAUUUUUUAGGUUAUAACAUCCUCCCAACCUUAUUCUUCAGAGCAAAGAAUUGGGGAAACAGACUUUUCUCCCCCUGAUCUGAGACCAUUCCACACAUUGAAGGGCAGCCAGCAACAUAUGCUUUUUGUAAGAAUAAUUGAAAACCUCAACUAGACAGCAUAGAAUUCUUUGAAAGUCUGCCAGUUAUUUGAAGCAAAUUCAGCAAAGGAACAACAUAUAGCAUUCAAUAUCUUAACCUUUCUAGUUGCCUUCUUAGGACUUGGUCUCCAAUUUGAUUCUUGGUUAUUCUGAUACAGAGUUGACUUAAUUCGCUUAACGCCUUGAACCAUCCACUGUCAUACUAUUGUCCGAAAGAGGGUGCACUUGAUUGCCAUUUUGCUUUCAAUAUGACAGCUGUCAAUGUCGCUCUAAUUCGAGAUACCAAGUGGCUGACUUUAGAAGUUUGUAGAGAAUUUCAGAGAGGAACUUGCUCUCGAGCUGAUGCAGAGUGCAGGUUUGCCCAUCCGCCAAGAGUUUGCCAUGUGGAAAAUGGCCGUGUGGUGGCCUGUUUUGAUUCUCUAAAGGGUCGGUGCACUCGAGAGAACUGCAAGUACCUCCACCCUCCACCCCACUUAAAGUCGCAGCUGGAAAUUAAUGGGAGGAACAAUCUGAUUCAACAGAAGACUGCCGCAGCCAUGUUCGCCCAGCAGAUGCAGCUUAUGCUCCAAAACGCUCAGAUGUCAUCUCUUGCAUCUUUUCCUAUGAAUCCAUCGCUUGCAGCUAAUCCUACUAUGGCUUUCAAUCCUUACAUGCCUCAUGCUGGGAUGGGCCUGGUUCCUGCUGAACUUUUUCCAAAUACUCCAGUUCUGAUUUCUGGAAACCCACAUCUUGCAUUGCCAGGAGUUCCUGCCCCAAAACCAAUUCGUACAGAUAGACUGGAGGUUUGCCGUGAAUUUCAGCGUGGAAAUUGUACCCGUGGGGAGAGUGAUUGUCGAUAUGCUCACCCUACGGAUGUCUCUAUGAUUGAGGUGUCUGAUAAUACUGUGACAAUCUGCAUGGAUUACAUUAAAGGCCGAUGCUCCCGGGAGAAAUGCAAGUAUUUUCAUCCUCCUCCACACUUGCAAGCCAAACUCAAGGCAGCUCAUCACCAGAUGAACCAUUCGGCGGCGGCUGCGAUGGCUCUGCCACCUGGUGCACUUCAGCUGAUACCAAAGAGGUCAGCCCUUGAUAAGGCCAAUGGUGCCACCCCAGUCUUUAAUCCCAAUGUUUUCCACUGCCAACAGGCUCUGGCUAACAUGCAGAUUCCGCAGCCGGCGGCAGCGGCGUUUAUCCCAACAGGGCCAAUACUGUGCAUGGCACCCGCUUCAACUUUUGUGCCCAUGAUGCACGGUGCUACACCCUCCACUGUGUCUGCAGCAGCAACACCUGCCACCAGCGUUCCCUUCGUUCCAACAACUACAGGCAAUCAGAUGCCCCAAUUAUCAAUAGAUGAGCUGAAUAGGAGCAUGUUUGUUUCACACAUGUAGAAGUUACCAGUAGAACAUUGAAAUUCUGAGCAGCAGAGUUAUGGAGUAUCAGAACCUCUCAACAAGAAACUCCACAUGGCCUUUCUAUGUGUAUUCUCGUAUGUCCUCUUCUACCAACACAACAAUAAGCAUGGUGCAGUCAAUAUAGUAAAGCACAUACACCAGUUGAAAAAUUCAAAUGUAAAAGAAAGCAUUCAGAAAUCUGUGGAGAUGUUAAAGCAAAUAGAAAAUUGACCACCGUGUGUUACCUAAUAUGGAUUAUUAAUUGUAUAUGAAUUAGCAUAUAGAAUACAACCAUACAGCUUUGCCAUUUAUAUGAAUUAUCAGAUCCAUAUUACAUAAAUUAUCCAUCUGAUAUGGAUUACCAUAUUGAAUAUAACCGUAAAAUUUUGUGAUUUUUUUUUCCCAACAAUGAUUUGUGUUAAAUGAAUUUCCACGGUGUACUGUAGGCUUACUGUACAUUCUUGGUGGAUAAAUUGUUUUUGAAGUGUUACCUUACUGUUUUGUUUACAGGCUAGUCUAUUGGAUUGAUGUAGAAUGUAACUAAUAUACCCAAUACCAUUUCCCCCAUUGAUAUGUUGUAUUAAAUUGGGUUCUGUUUAGCUUUUCAAUGCUAGUGUUUUGUUGUUUAUAUGUGGUGUUUGAUUUCAGUUAAAUGUCAUUAGUGGGGAACAGAGGUACAUGUGAUAGAAAAACAUGACAGGUUCGUGUUAAUAUGCACUCUUCAAACCAUCUCUAUAAGUUUCUUGAGGCAUACAUUUAAAAGGCCUCACUUUUGAGUGUACACAAAAUCUGUUCAUAGAAUUUCACAUGUAGAUCUGACCUUCCAUAGUCAAUAAUAUACUCGAUUUUUAAAAGAGAAAAAUAAUUACCUACAUAUGGUAACAAAGUUCAAAUGUUAACUUCAAAUCAUUCCUCUUAAAUAACUUGAAAAUCAAGUAUUCACAUUCCAAUAAAUUUCUGAGCAUGUAUAAAGUUAUGUAGAGUAGCCGUUACAUUUAUUGUGUCACAGAAAUCCUGUCUCUCAGCUUGAGUGUCUAAAAUUGAGCCAUUUGUCAUCUUCAGUUGAGAAACUGGUACUUACUAGUUUAAAGGUAUGCUAAUCAUAGGUUAUAAAUCAAGUAGAGAGAUGAGGGCAUGGAGAGAGUUUUUAUGUACUGGCAGAAAGUGUGUAAAACCUUUGUAUUGGAACCUUUUGCACAAGUGCCAUUUUCCAAAUGCAAAUGCCUCGUGCUCUUCAGACUAUUCUUUGAAUAAUAAGUAAGAUGCAGUCUAGCAAAAGUGAAUCCAGGUCAAAGAGAAUUGUUUCCAAAAGAGGCCUUGCCUCCCCAAAUGGACAAUCUUUUCUGUUGAUCACAGAAGGAGGCUGAGUACAGGUUUGGAGAAAUGGCAGGGAUGGGAGCAGAGAGACAUUUAAAAUGACUGAUUAUGCAAAAGAACUAGAAAAGGUUUUCACAAUUGUCUUUCACUUCAGUUUAGCUGAGUUUCCAGUUUUCUACAAGCUGCAGUGAAGUCGCAAGCUUUGGCAAGUGUUUCCCUGCCCAAAUGUCAAUCAGAGUUUUGGGGGGUUUUUGUUUGUUUGGUUUUUGUCUCAGAACAAAACCUUUUUUUCUCAUUUGAACUUAUUUUCUUUUAUGUGUGUUUCAAAAUUAUAGUCAGUUUUAUCAUCAUUUGACUAAUGUAGAAUAACAAUAUUCCAUGGAGGUGUGGUAUGAAUUCUUCUUACUAAUACUUAUGAAAUAAUCUCAAGUAUCAAAUAGUAAUCCAUCUAUUUCUGUGACAUAUAGUGUACCUUUUCUACUUUACAUAGUUAUUAACAUUACUAUUAUUAUAAUAGGGAGAAAAGAUUUUCCAACAGCUGAAGUAGAUUUAACAUUUUCUACUCAAUAUGUAUUCUCCCAUUGGAAAGUAUAAAAUCAAUUUUUUGUAUGUAUAAAGGUUGUUUUUCUUCAUGAAAAUUACAAUCAAAGAGAAAACAUUUGGGAUACCUUAAGACAGGUACUUGGAUUGAUUUUCAGAACAGUGGAGUUGGCAAAGACUUUACUGCCUUUGCCAUGGUUGAUAAAACAGAGUCAAGCCAUGUGACUUGCCUAAGGCUGCCUAGCCAUUAUGGGAAACAAUUGUUCCUCCUUUUUACAUCUUUCUCUGGAACAUUUGAGACUCCGACUCAAAGCAGAUCAGAUUGGCUCAGAAUACAAAAAAGCAAAAUUACGUCUGUUGAUUGGUAUCCUGUUGAUCUUAAUUAUCCAGGUGAAUCCUGGUCACCAGUGAUUUCUAAAUAGUCUUGUUUGUGUGUUGGGCCUUUGCCCUUUGUUAACUAUUGCCUGGUUAGACAUUGAGAGUUGUGUGUCUUUUUACCUUUGGGCUCUUUGAACCACUUGAUUUCUGUUUUCUAAAAUCAUAAUUCCAGAAAGAAUACACCUGAGCUAGUCUAGAUGUAGUUCUUCAUGGAUAUGGGAAUGUUUUGUGCAAAAUGAACUUUUUGUAGUUUGACAUUUUGAUGCAACAUGCUAUCUCGUUUAACUUCUUAAACUUUUGACAAAGACAUAGAUGGUGAACUUAGAGGAGAGCUGUUCUCGUGUUGCUCUAAGCACUGGAAGAUACUAGCUAGCAUUGACUUAUUUUUAGGAAGAGAUUCAGUGAGGAACAUUCAGGGGAGUUGUCUUUUGGUGCAACAUGUUUCUAUGACAUUUUAAAAGUUUAAGAAAGCAAGCUCAAAGCUCGAACAUUUUGAUGAAAUUUAACCGAGUUUUGGGGGAAAUGAAACUUUAAGUUGGCACUCUUUAGUUGUGCAAUGACUAAUGAUCUUAUUGAAGAAAAUCACAAGUCAUUUGACUAUAAAUUGAAUUAACAAGACAAGUCACAACGAAUCAGUGACUCUAAACCAAAAUUUACUGAAUCAUUUGUAAAUAAACUAAAUUCUAAUCAGUUGUGAUUCUUACUUAGCAUUUUGUAGUCUUUGUAUUUUACAAUGGCCUCUAUUUUUAUUUCUCUAAAAUAAUUGGUUUUGUCCAUCUUCUCAGCCUUUUGCCAAAAUUUGCAAGACCGCUGAAACUUGGAUAAAACGUGUCAAAUAUAAACAAUCUAAAUGUGUCAUUUAAGGACUUAGUAGUUUCAGUUUUUACAAAAAGCACUAUGAGACCAUAAUAUUUUAAAUAGGGACUUAAAAUUAAAUUAAAUGGAUUCAUAAAAUUACUAUUUAAAUACAGUAUUUACUUUUGAAAUUGGAGCAUGAAUCCACACCCAGCUGUUGCUUUUGAUCUCACUUUUCUAGAUUAAUUUUUAUUUUGCAUCUAGCCGUAAAAGCAAUCUUUCUGUUCCAUCCAUCUUGCUCAUCCAUUUCUGAGCAUGCUAAAGCACUUUUAUCUUGCCGUAAGUGUUGUCCACUAAUGGGAGCCCUGAACUCCCCUGGUCUCCAGGAAAAAGCCAGUACCUGCUCUCAGCUAUCAGCAGGAAACAAACGAAAUGAAUGUUUUGGACUUGAAUUAGCUUUGAACGGCAUGACCAGUAAGACAGUGAUGUGUGAAGAAGGAACAGCAUCUACACUACAUUGUAGGAAAUGAUGGAGGUAGCUGAGGCAGCUCAUGUGCUACUUGGAAUGCCAGUUGGUUCUUUUCCUCGUCUUUGAAGAGUGUUGCUGAGGAUGCCCUUAGGUGAAACACAGCCCAAGGUGGCCGAGAUCUGGCAGUCUGUGGGAUGAGCUGUGCUAUGCAGAAUCAUUAGUAACUGUACUUCUUUUUCCCCUUUAAAAAAAAAAGCUCUUCUUCAUUUCACUUACACUGAAAUGGAAAUAAGUAGAAUUUGGUGGGGGCUCCAAUUCCCAAUUUCGAUUUGUAAAAUUAAUAAGAUAGUGGCCUAAUUUUACCAGUGCCUGACAGAGGUAGUAGAAUAAAAUAGGUUAAAGAAUUAAACAAUUUUUUUUUGCAAAUUUAGCAGAUAGUCUAAUCAAACUGUAAAUAUAAUUACAAAUAUAGGUUCUGAGUACCAAGUCACUAAUUGGUGCCAUGUUUUCAUUUUUUAUUGUUAGGUUUUUUUUUCAUUUUUCUUUAUUAAGAAAUUUUCUACUCACUCCACAUGCUAUCCACAGACCCCCCUCCUCCCUCCCACCCACCCCCCAGCCCUCUUUCCCAAUUAUUGUUAGUUUUUAAGUUUUUUAAUUGUACCACAUUUUUAUAUCUAAGUAACUAAUGAAUUUAAUUUUGAAGAAGAGUUAGAGAAAGUUUAAGUUUUUACUACAUAUAAGCAGACCAUUUAUUAGGUUCUAAACUGGCACUGUAGCAUAACACAGUAUAGAUUGCAGUCCAUAACUACACUCUACAAUUUACAGUUUAAGAACAAAUUUAGCUUUGUACACAAAUAGUAGUUAUCAGCUAAAUAUAUUUAGUUGUUGCUUUGGCAACAAAACUACAACAUGGCUACCUUUAGACAUUUGUGCAUGUAAAACUUUUAUUGGUAAGCUAUAUGUGGGUCAUGACAGUGUGAACAUAUAGAAGAUACAGCUGAAAACUCGUGAUGUUUUUGAAGCCCUGAGUCCCAUGUGAAAGCUGGAUUUGUGUCCUCCUGUAGCCUUUUGUCUAAAAAAGUUUUUAACACAUGGAUUCUAGAGUCAGGCUUUAUAGUUUAUAGAAUUGGCUAUGUUGCUAGGGUUCAUACAGUAUUUUGACACCAGAACAAGCAUGACAUAUAAUUACCUGACCUUUUUCAUAACUUCAUUCAAAAUUACUAUUCAUGUAGUAUCUGUAGCUAUAAAAAAGAAUCCUAUUUUCUAGAAUUAUAUACAAAAAUGUGUGAGGAUUAAAGCAUAACUCAACAUUUUGAAAUUGACUCAAUUUUGUGAACCCACACAUAAAGAUACUAUAGAAUGGCCCCCGAAUAGUGUUAAGAAGCAUAUGCUGCAGUUACCUGACUGUCUCAGUUAGGGUGCGAAUGUGUGAGACACACCUUUUUUGCACUUAUGUACAUAGUCCAUGAAAGCAGUCCUUGGAGCUUUUUCAAAUGAGAAGUCUGUGGUAGUAGCAGAGAGUUGGUGAGAAUGGUUUCUGAGGCUUGCAGAAGGCAGUUGUCCUUUGCUCUGAGAAGGAACGAAGCAUAGCGUUGCGGUGCUGUUGUGGACGCUGGCAAGUUUGCUGCAGUUCACCAGAAGCUCAGCCUGCUAACAUCUGCCAGAUCCCCCUUAACCGCAAGGAGCGAAAGUACAAAGCACUUCUUUUAGUAAGGCUACUAGCAAAGAUUGUGUGCUUUGUGGAUUAAUUCCCACUGUAAACACACACACACACACACACACACACACACACACACACACACACACACAUCACCACACACACAGCCAUAUAUGCACCACAUAAUGGGUAAGGUUCCCAGCAGAGGCUUUCUUUUUUCAAUUACAGAAAGCAGGAAAAAAAUACAAGUUAAUCUCAAAGCAAAUAAAACAAGACUUCAUCCUUCAUAGUUAAUACAUACAUCAAUUAAUAUGGAUUUAAGUGACAAAUUGUUAAUGUUUUAACUCAGCAGAAGAGAACCAACCAAAGCUUACAUAACACGGAAAUUGGAAGAUAGUGCCAGUCUAACCCACUCUGUCAGUUUUCACUCCACACUUACAGAUAGCCAAGGAACUUGAUUGUUGCGCCCCCCUCCCCCGCCCUGCACGCAGGCACUGAGGCUUAGCAACAGGUGGAAGUCUGAAAGGUUAAGGGAUGGAUCACCACUGGCACUUAGAGUCUUUCCCAUCUUGAGGCCGGUGUCGUUCACACUGGAGAAGGACACUGUCCUCGGCUGAGGGUAGUUCUUGUGAAAUGCUGCUACCCAUACUGCUAACUCUUGGAGAUAUAAAAAGAGUUGCAACUGUAGCUCAGUGGUAGAACACUUGCCUCGGUGAGUGAAGCCCUGGAUUUCAUCCCCAGCACUGCAAAAGUUAAAAAGGGAAAAAUGAGAGAAAGAUGGAAAACAAACCAAAGCCAGAAAGCAACCCAAGCCUUACAUGUAUUCCAUAGCUCAGGGCCAGCUGGCUAGGAAUUACUCUUCUUUUUCCCUCAGCUCCUGAUCACUUAAGAGUCAGCCAUACCAACCAUCCUAACAAUCUGAGCAGCCAUUUUGGCCAAUAAAAAAUGUAAACAUACAUUUAUUUUGUAGUUAGGAAUGCCCACUUCGGCCUUAUUACCCCCAUUAUUUCAUUAUGUCCUUAUGGGGACAUUCCCUUGUGAAUCUUUAAGUCAUAAAAGUAUAUUUUCCUAAGGAUAAUAGAGAGAGGAAAUUUUGUGUGGUGCUGGCCUUGUGUGCUGUGCAAGUGCUCUAACAGUGCGUCUAUCCAGGUAUAAGAGUUUAAGUCCAGAACCAUCAACCAUAAAUUAGUAGGGAUGAGCCUUGGAGCAUCACAAAAGAUAGCCAAUGAAUUUAUAAUACGUGCAUGCUCACAGCCACUUGGUCACAUGCAGAAGCUUAAACAUAGUGCCUGUGUUUAAAGCAGUAAGACAAAGUAGAGGAUUAAGUAUAAUAAAUGCACAUGGCUAAAGCCAAAAGAUGACAUUAAUUGGUAUUAAGUUAUGACUAAUUCAUAAUUUAUAGCCCCUUUACCUGCCCUUGCUUAUAAGUGAAUUAUUCACUGACACUAAAAAUCUGGAUUAUCCCAGAGAAAUUUUAUGUUUAUAUAGAACCCUUCCUCAAUUAUAGUGUACCUAAAAAUGAAAAGUGCUUUUGUCUGAGAUAAGUUGCCACUCUUUAUACAUACUACAAGAAUCCUCCCUAGUAUUCUUUUACAUCAUGUUACUUUUAAAAAUACCUCUGUAGCAAGACCUAGAAGAAUUAAGCGAGCUUUUUAUCCCAAACACACAACCUUAAGACUGUCAUAAAACUACAUGGUUCCAAAGCUUUAUUUCUGUAUACAGAUGCUAUCUGUUAAUGACAGAAACCAAAUUGUUUUGUUGCUAUGUCUUUUGUGUCUAGCAGUUGAGUGAAUGAUAUGACCAUCAUUUCAUUAGAUUCUGGGAAUAACUUUUCCAAAAUAAGUUUCUUUUUAUUUUUGUAGCUAUUGCUUUAGUUAUAAAAUGAGCCAUUUGCUCCCAAAUUAUAAUAAUUUAAAUGAAGUGCAUUUUUUAGAAGGUGAGGUCUCACUCACUAUACUCUGUAAAUGAGUCCAAAUUCCAUGGCCUUAAAGAAUUUGAUUCUUCCAUGUCAGCCUUCGAGAUGGCUUAUUUUGUUUAACAUGAUGGCCUAGGUUACUCCCUUAUAUAAUUUUAAAGGAAUAGUUUAUACCUCCAUCUAACAAUGAUCUGGAUUAUAGAAAGUAGAAGAAGAGGCAGGUGGAUCUCUGUGAGUUCGAGGCCAGCCUGGUCAACAGAGCAAGUUCCAGGACAGCCAGCUACACAGAGAGACCCUGUCUUGAAAAAAAAAAAAAGGAAUGUUACAAUAAAAAAAUUCUUAGCCUCGUACAACAAUUAAAAACUUAAGUAAUGACCAAAAUAUUUUACAAAUAAAAACUGUUCCCAUAUUAUUUUGUCCCCAAAUGCAGUAAUUCAUUCCCUCAACUGCAAAUGUUUGGACUUUUUCAAGUUACAGUGUUGUAUUCCCUGUUUGUGUUUAGAAGUAUGCAUUAUAUAGCUCAAUUUAGUAUGCUACUUUUUAUGUUUAUUUUUUAUUCUUUUAAUAAAGUUUGCAAAUUCC